CAAUAUUUCUAAUAUUAAUCCAAAAAAUGGUUAAUUUCAACACUUCACUCGUAACUUUUUUCUUCUUCCUCCUCUUGUUAUCUCGAGCUAAGUCUUUUAACAUUACUUCUCUACUUAACCAUUACUCAUCUUUUAGCAGUUUCAACAAUUACCUAACUCAAAGCGGAGUGGCUGCGGAGAUUAAUUCACGGCGGACCCUCACUGUCCUAGUCGUUGAAAACAACAAAUUAUCGCCCCUCAAGGGGAUGUCACAAGACGCGAUAGCUAACGUCAUGCGCGUGCACGUCUUACUGGACUACUAUGACGUUCCGAAGAUGCAAAUGUUGCCUAACAAGACUAUGAAGACACCUACUUUAUUUCAAACGACUGGUUAUGCGAACAACGAUCAAGGGUUUUUGAACAUGACUGAUUUGGGUGUUGGAAGUAUUUCGUUAGGCUCGGCUGCAGAAGGAGAAAGACUCGAAUCGAAAUUAAUUAAAUCUAUUGCAUCACAACCUUAUAAUAUUUCGAUAUUGCAAGUUAGCAAUGUCAUUAUUCCAUCAGGAAUCGAUUCAUCAACACCAACAUCUCCUCCACCUACCCCUGCCCCAAUUAGUAGUGCACCAACAUACUCCCCUGCUUCUUCGCCCCAUGGAUCAUCUGCCGCCCCUGGUACUGGUACUGACGCAGGGCCUGCACCAGAAUCAGAGGCUGCCCCUGCCCCUGGUAAUGAUGCAGGGCCUGCACCAGAAUCAGAGGCUGCAGAGACCCCUACAGAGGCUUCCCCUGCACCGGCUCCACAUCAUUUACCACCCAAAUCCGAUGCACCAACUGCAGAGACUCCUGCGAGUGGAUCAGCUGAUGCACCAUCUGCUGGUGCACCAUCAUCUGAUACACCAUCGGCUGGUGCACCAUCAGCUGGUGCACCAGAGGCCGAUGCACCAUCGGCCGGUGCACCAGAGGCCGAUGCACCAGCACCAACUUCAACAGGGGAUAAUGCUAGUGCUAGUUCUAUUUUAGGUGUUAGCUUAGUUUUCAUUGCAAUGACGAAUCUCUUUCUCGUUUUAGUGAUUUAGAUGACGAAUAUUGAUUUAGAAAUCAAUAACUUACUUUAAAAUUUGAGAAAACUCGUUCGAGAGAGGUUGUAUCGGAACCAAUUUUUUUUACCUUAUGAGUUAUUAAUAAAUCUUUUCCGAUACGAAUUCUGUUUUUC